CGCAAACGCAAACAAAAAGAGAAAUAAGAGAAUCGAGCAAAAGAAGCAGCAACCAAUUAAAAGUUCUUAAACGCCGCAGCAAGAAGAAGCAGCAGAGAGUACAGCUUUAAAGAUGGCUUCCGAACUGGAUCAAUUCGCCGAUUUGGAAUUAUCAAAAGAGGAUCGUGAGCAAAUCUUUGAUCCGCCAUUGGAUCGGCAGCAAUUGGAAGGUGCUGGCACCUCAAGUGUUACAACAUCAAAAAUCUUAAUAAGCGGCAUACCGCUGCAAACACGUUUCGAAGACAUCGAACCGCUACUGAAGCCCUAUGGCAUCGUCAAACAAUGUGAGGCUAUUUCUAGUAAGGAUCAAAAUACUCAAACAGUACAUAUAACAUUCGAAAAUCCUGAGCAGGCGCAAAGAGCUGCCGGUGGUCUGAACGGCGUCGAGUUCGAGGGCAGCAAACUGCACGCGGAGCAAUUGGACAAAAAUCAACGGCGCAGCAUACGCAAUCAGCGCAAUCCGUAUCCGGGCAUGCCGGGACCCGGACGCCAGGCGGACUUCCCGCUGCGCAUUCUGGUACAGAGCGAGAUGGUUGGCGCGAUCAUUGGACGACAGGGCAGCACUAUUCGCACCAUCACACAACAGAGUCGCGCCCGUGUCGAUGUGCAUCGCAAGGAGAAUGUUGGCUCGCUCGAGAAGUCCAUUACGAUCUAUGGCAAUCCCGAUAACUGCACCAAUGCAUGCAAGCGCAUAUUGGAGGUUAUGCAACAGGAGGCGCUAUCCACGAAUAAGGGUGAGAUCUGCCUGAAGAUACUCGCCCAUAAUAAUCUAAUUGGUCGCAUCAUUGGCAAAAGCGGCAACACGAUUAAGCGCAUCAUGCAGGACACGGACACGAAGAUAACCGUCAGCUCGAUCAAUGACAUUAACAGCUACAAUCUGGAGCGCAUCAUUACGGUGAAGGGCCUGAUUGAGAAUAUGUCACGCGCGGAAAACCAAAUUAGCACCAAGCUGCGCCAAAGCUAUGAGAACGAUCUGCAGGCAAUUGCGCCACAGAGCCUCAUGUUCCCCGGCCUGCAUCCAAUGGCAAUGAUGUCGACACCGGGCAAUGGCAUGGUCUUCAAUACGAGCAUGCCGUUCCCCUCCUGUCAAAGCUUUGCCAUGUCCAAAACACCGGCCAGCGUGGUGCCGCCGGCCUUCCCCAACGAUAUGCAGGAGACAACAUAUCUGUAUAUACCGAAUAAUGCCGUUGGGGCAAUCAUUGGCACCAAGGGCUCGCACAUUCGCAGCAUAAUGCGCUUCUCGAGCGCAUCCCUCAAAAUAGCGCCGCUCGACGCCGACAAGCCGUUGGACCAACAAACGGAGCGCAAGGUCACGAUUGUUGGCACACCGGAGGGUCAGUGGAAGGCGCAGUACAUGAUAUUCGAGAAGAUGCGCGAAGAGGGCUUCAUGUGCGGCACCGAUGAUGUUCGCCUCACCGUCGAGCUGCUCGUCGCCAGCUCUCAGGUCGGACGCAUCAUUGGCAAGGGCGGGCAGAACGUGCGUGAGCUGCAACGUGUGACAGGUAGCGUCAUUAAGCUGCCAGAGCAUGCGCUGGCGCCACCUUCUGGCGGCGAUGAGGAAACACCUGUGCACAUUAUUGGCCAAUUUUACAGUGUUCAGUCCGCACAGCGUCGAAUUCGCGCCAUGAUGCUAUCGACGAAUCCGCCUCCAGUGACCAAAAAACAGAAAGCUGCCAAAGAACAACAAUUGCAACAACAUCAGCUGAAUCUACAACUUUUAACGGGCGCUGCGCCAAGUGGGACUCAGCAGCAGCAGCAGCAGCAGCAGCAGCAGCAACAGCAACUAUCGCCGGUGCUGCAGCCGCAACAGCAACAGCAACAACAGCCGCAGCAGCAGCAGCAGCAACAGCCGCUGCCGCCGCAAUCGCAUCAUCAAUCGUCGGCGUCAUCGUCGUCGACGCCACCUGCGCAUCACCAGCAGCAGGCGUCGUCGACAGCGUCGUCACAUCAAUUGCAGCAGCAGCAGCCGUCGCCGCCGCCCGGCAAUGCAUCGGCCGCUACUCCCCAGCAGCAGCAGCAACAGCAGCAGCAGCAGCAGCAACAACAACAGCAGCAACAGCAGCUGGCAAGCACACAGCAGUAAGGUGUGCGCAGCCGUGGGGUGGGGGAGGGGUUAAGGGGCAACCUAAAUGCAUCAAG